AGAGAGAGAGGGAAGAGAGCGAGAGAGAGAGCAACGCGAAUUGGUCCGUGGCGUUUCGAAUCUUUCUCCGAGUCAUGGCUUCUGAAGUCGGGACUGCUGGACGGAAGAGAAAAAUAGCGGAAUCGUCUUCAACCACACCGUCACCGUUUGGAGGAAUCAAUUAUGAAGUAUUCGUGAAUUUUAGAGGUCUAGAUACUCGCAACGGAUUCGUGGGUCACCUAUAUGACAAACUGGAAAAUGCAGGGAUCAAGGUUUUUAAAGAUGAUGAAAAGCUCCGUGGUGGAGAAGAGAUCGGUCAGGCGCUAAAAGAUGUGAUCAAGCGGUCGAGGAUCUCGAUAGCCAUCUUCUCCGAUGAUUAUGCUUUUGCUAAAUAUUGCCUCAUGGAGCUGGAACAAAUGUGGGAGUGCAGACGACCGGAUGAACAUACUCUUAUCCCUAUUUUCUGUGGUGUUAGUCCCGACAUUGUGAAAAACCAGACUGGAAAUUUUAAAACGUCCUUCGAGAAACAUGAGAAGGAGGGCAAAGUCGACGCGAAUACCAUCCAAAAAUGGAGGGAGGUCCUUCAACAGGUCGGGGGAUUAACCGGAUAUGUGCUGGCGGACAUGCGGGAUGAGGCUGCCCUCCUAAAAAAAGUUCUUGAACGAGUCGAGGAGGUGUUGGAUGAGGGUGACCAAUAUGUACCCGACAAUCUAGUUGGAAUCGGACUUUGUGUUCAAGAGAUGAUGACAAAGCUUGGUGUUGUCUAUGGCCAGGGAGAAGCAACGAAAGUAUGCGGGGACGGUGUGCGUGUCGUAGGAAUAUGCGGUAUGUCGGGUGUCGGAAAGACUACACUUGCAAAGGUUGUCUACAACAAGAUUCAUAAGUCAUUUGAUGUGUAUAGCUUCCUUGAAGGUAUAAAUUCGAAAGGAGUCAAGGUUUCCCCUGAUAUGUUGAUUGCUGAACUUAAAAAAGAAAAGCAUGAUCCACGGGGACCUUUUGGUAGAGGUAUUAAAAGAUUGAAAAGUCUCUUUACUGACAUGAAGGUUCUCAUUGUGCUUGACGAUGUGCAUAGGCCUGAACAAAUUGGAGCAUUAGCUGGGAUCCUUUCUUGGUUGGGUCAAGGAAGUAGAAUUAUUGUGACCACAGAUAGCAGAGUAGUUUUAAAUGUGUUCGACAAUGUAGCAGUUGAAGAAUACAAGGUUGAACCAAUGGGAUAUUACCAUGCUCAUCGACUCUUUUGGAAGCAUGCUUCACAAGGGAAUGUUCCCCGAGAUGUCGAUGAGUACGAUUCCUUGUCCAGAGACAUCGUCGUAGCUCUUGGAGGGAUUCCGAUGGCUAUUGUGCUUUGGGCGAAUUAUUUAAAGAAAGAGAAGAAUAUAGAGACAUGGAGAAGUACCCGGGACAACAUAAGCUAUAAUCCACAUGAGAGAAAAGUGGAAGCUGCCUUGAUCGCCAAUUACCAAUCUUUAUAUCAGAGUACAAAGAUGGUAUUCCUUGACAUAGCUUGUUUUUUUAUUGGAAAGGAUGAGAGGAUUUCCUCUUACAUGUGGCAGGCUUGUAAGUGCUAUCCUCCUUUAGAAACAAGAGAACUUCGCAACAUGCAUUUCUUGGAAGAUGGAGAAAAUAAUGAAUUAAGAAUGCACAGCCUGUUAAGAGACUUUGGCAGGAAAAUUGUCGAGAGGAACGUUCUUCAACAGCGUUGCAGCAUCUGGAAGUUCAGUGAUGCAUGUUCCAUUCUAGAGGACGGUCAGCAUAAUGAAAGUGUCGAAGGCAUUAGUCUCACACUUGAAGAGGGUGGUACCGUCCGUUUUACAUGUGAAGCACUCAGCAACAAACCGAAUUUGAGGUACCUCAGACUGGAUGGGGCUAACAGUGAGAAUCUUAUUUCAAAUUCGAGUAACAUUGAGAGAGAGCCUGAGAAUCUUCUUCCAAAUUUGAAGUGGCUUGAUUGGCACGCCAGCCAUUUCAUUCCUGAGCUGUGUAAUAUGGAUUUGAAGGAAUUACUCAUUCUCGAUCUGUCUAGGAGUCUGGUCACCCAAAAUCCACAUGUCUGGAAGCAAAUCAUGGUGAAGGUGAAGGAAUUGAAAGUCUUGAACCUACAAGGAUGUGAUCUGUUAAAGGCAUCGUGGGAGUCUUCAGCUUCGACCAGUUUGGAGAUGUUGAUAAUGGAAGAUUGUACUCGGUCACCUGCACUCUGUGCGUUCAUCAGUCAGCUGGAGAGCUUGAAAUCCUUGAAUUUGAGAAACUGCAAGGGAGUCCAGCAGUUGGUCCAACAACUGCACGGCAAGAAAUUUUUGACGGAACUUCUGAUUGACGGAACUGACGUCGAAGAAAUUCAUAUCGAGAAUAAUUCUUUGAAGAACCUUGAAGUACUUAGUGCUCGUGACUGUGAAAAGUUGAAGGACAUAUCCCCAAUUGGCCACCUGACGAAACUAAAAAGUCUUGCUCUGGAUGGUGCAAUUAAUUGGCAUCCGGAAGCUUUUGAUUUUCCUCCGAAUCUUGAAAGACUUUCUCUAAGCAAGUGUAAGAAGUUGUUUGAACUUCCACCUUCAAUCGGGAUGCUAAAGCAGCUGGAGGUAAUGGACCUUUCAGACACUGGAAUCAUGGAAAUGCCACCAUCAGUCAAGCAUUUGAGUAGUCUGAAGUUGCUGAAGAUGGAACGCACUCACCUACAAAAAUUUCCUGUAGAUGUUGUGGACUUAAAGAAACUGGAAGAGAUAGAUUUCUCUGGCUGCAAAAGUUUGGAGGCCCAAGAUAGUUGUGAUAUUUCGGGACUAUUCUCUUUGAGAAUUUUGAGGUUAUCAUCAUCCAUCGUGGUUGGGCUGCCUCAGCGUAUUUGUGAUCUCCCUUGCCUCCGAACCCUUGACGUAUGUAAGUGCGAACGGCUUCAAGCACUUCCAGAGUUGCCCUCCAGUUUAGUCACACUCUGCGGGGGAUUCAAAAUCAUGGAAGCCUCCAAAUUGACGAAUCUGACAAAUCUAAAAGAGCUAUGCUUGAGUGAUGAUGAACAGCCAGAAGCAGGGUCAUCGAAUCAGACCCCAAAUAUGCGGUGGAUCAUGGGAUUAACAAGUCUAGAGACCUUGGAAUUGUCCCUUCUAAAUAUCACCAAUCUCCCUGGGGAUUUUCGUGCCCUUACUCGGCUCCGGGAACUCACUUUAUCCUACAUGGAGAAGCUAGACAUCACACAACUUCCCUCGUCCUCAAGCUUAUGGACUCUGCGUCUCAAACACUGCAAGAUUCAAGAGCCAAAAUUUUCUGGUCUAAAGUGUCUGUCAGAACUAGAACUAGAGGACUGCGAUUUAGAAGAAAUUGAUGGUCUUAAAGAUUUACAGAGUUUGGAAGUCCUGAAAAUUUUUCAAUGCUGCAGAAUAACAGACCUUAAUGGGCUCAAAGAUUUACCACGUCUCAGGAAGGUGAAAGUUUUCCCUUUUGAUGCUGCCAGUCUAUCAGAAUUACGCGAAAGUAGAUGUGAAGUGGACACCUGUAUCCCGCCUUCUUCUCGGUCUGUGGAUGGAGUCGAAGCUGCCAUCGAGAGCAUGGAGAAUAUGAAAGAUGAAGCUGGACAGCGAACAGUAGACAUGGAAGCCUCAGAUAGGAAUUAUGCAAUUGCAGCUGUUCAGAAUUUGGUUGGAAUUGAUGAUCGUGCAAAACAAAUCACCGGCUUACUGGAGAUGGAAGGCAAUGAUGAGGUGCGCAUUAUUGGAAUCUAUGGAACCGAUGGAAUUGGCAAGACGACUCUCGCCAAGGUUGUAUAUGACCAGAUCUCUUCUUGUUUCGACAGUUGUAGCUUUCUUGCAGAGGUCGGAGAAACCACACAAAGUUCUGGUGGAAUUCAGUUUUUGCAAAAUAAGUUGAUACGUGAUAUCCUUGAACGAGAUCACGAAGAUCCUUCUUUUGAUGAAACAAUGGAAGAUUUUGUGGAUAUAUUUCGUGAAAUGAAAGUUCUAAUAGUUGUCGAUGCCGUGGAAAAGCCAUCUGAUCUUUAUGCUAUCGUAGGAGACCAGCUUCAAUGGUUUGGUCCAGGUAGUCGAGUAAUUGUGACUUCUCAAAAUGAGGAAAUUCUCGAAGGGUAUGAUUCCGACAAGGCUCCUACCUACAUGAUUAGCGAGUUGGAUGAUGGUCAAGCUUUUGAACUUUUCUGCAAGCAUGCAUUCAGGAUGCAAUCUUCCAUACCUGAUUAUGAUGAACUCUCAAACCGCAUCGUCAAUGCUAUAGAGAAAUUACCAUUAGCAGUUGAGGUUGUCGGUUCAUUUUUGCGGGGUAAAUCGAUACAAGAAUGGGAAAAGAUGGAGAAGUCAAUGAAAGCACGUCCGAUGAGUUCUCAAAAGACUAUGGUCGGCCUUGAAGAGAUACUGGAUAUAUGUUACAAAGAAUUAGAUCCACAACAAAAAAAUAUAUUUCUGGACAUUGCAUCUUUUAUCUCUGAUGUGGAUGCCCAAAUUGCUUCAUACAUGUGGCCCAAUUGUUAUCUUCCAUCUUCUGGUUGCAUUCUAAUGCCCCUGGCAAAAAUUGGAGAAAACAAUGAACUGCAGAUGCACAGAUUGCUGAGAUGCUUUGGCAAAAGAAUUUUUAAGCAAGAGGGAUCUGGAGAUCCAAGUUCACGUAGAUUUUACACGCAGGAUAUGGUUCUAAAAGCAAUGAACAGGGAGAAGGGAAUCAAAAACGUUGAAGGCCGUGAUUCAUGCUUAUUAACAGCUGCAAGUCUUGAGAGCAUGCCAGCCAUAAGUUUUCUCAAGUUGGACGGUGCCGAAGUUUCCGGAGAUUUUGCAGGUGCAUUUCCGAGUUUAAGGUGGCUUUGUUGGCGAAGGUGUCCUCUGGAAUUUACAGCAGAAAAAUUUGUAUUAAGAGAGUUGGUUAUUCUUGAUUUGUCUUGGAGCAAAGUCACGGAAGACUGGCGAGGGUGGAUGGCGAUCAAGAUGGAGAAAUUGAAAGUCUUGAACCUUACCGGGUGUUCUGACUUACUGUUCACUCCCGACUUCUCUGAUUACAAAGAUUUGGAAAUCCUGAUUCUUGAACGAUGUUCUCAUUUGGUGAAGCUAGAUCCUUCAAUUGGCCAUUUGAAACGUUUAGUCUCUCUGAAUUUGAAGUUCUGCUCCCAAUUGAACAGGUUGCCAGUGGAACUAGGUUGUACGACAGCUCUGAAAGAGCUUUUUAUUGACGGGACUUCUGUACGGCAGAUCCCCAUCUCCAUAGGCAAUUUGAAGCAACUCGAAAUUCUCAGUGGCUUGAAGUGCUUCCCAUUGACUCACCUGCCCAGUUCGAUUUGUUAUCUGAUUGAUCUCUCCGAACUCUCAUUAGAGGGUGCCAAAAUUUCUGAGCUCCCGAGCUCACUGGGGGAGCUGCUCAAGCUAAGGCGCUUGUCAUUGAGGGAUUGCCGUUAUUUGGAGAAACUUCCAUAUUCUAUCGGUGAAAUGGGGUCAUUAGAGGAGUUGGAUAUAUCGGCGACUAGUAUCUCUGAACUCCCCGAUUCAAUAAUAAAUCUGAAAAGCUUGAGAGUACUGAGAAUGGACUCAUCUUUCAUUCGAGCAUUACCUGGGGAGAUUGGGAAUCUGACCAAGCUCGAAGAAUUACAUGCUUCCUGGUGUCGGAGUUUGAAGGGGCCCAUUCCCCGUGAUAUUGAGGGACUACAUCGUCUGAGAUCAUUGACGCUGGGGCAUUCCAAUAUAUCUAACCUACCCUCUGAACUAUCCACCAUCUCGGGUCUUCACACCCUGGAUUUAAUUCAGUGCAAUGAAAUUGAAGAGUUGCCGAAGCUUCCCCCUUCUCUAAUUUGUCUCCGUGUGAGUUCUAAAAGGAUGAAAGCGAUACCCCUUCUUGGAAAUUUAAAGAAAUUGGAGGAGCUGUGCCUAAGUGAUGGGGACCAGAAAGCACGCCGACCACCCUCCGCGAUAGAAGAGAUUCAAGGGCUUGAGGGGCUUAAAGCCCUGAAGAGGCUAGACAUAUUGAACUGCAAAAUACGAAAUCUCAAUGGGAUUGGCCAGUUAACGUCACUGAGAAGUUUGAUUCUAUCCGACUGUGAUUACCUUGAUAGUUUACCUGAUCUUUCAAACUUGACGUUGCUGAAAGUUUUAGAGAUCAGACGAUGCAAAAUGAUCCGUCAAAUUGAAGGCCUAGAAAAAUUAACAUUUUUGAAAAAGCUGAAAAUCAGUGAAUGUCCGGCUGAGAACUCAGUGCAAGUACAGAAUGCGAUUAAGGAUGUAAAGGCACGAUCAGUCGAAAAAUGGGGGCAUGGGGACUUCAUCAAACGAGGUGCGACAUCUUCGAAGCAUAACAGAGAGGAGAUUCUUCUGGUUACAUCAAAGAAGGGGAUGAAGAAAAUGGAAGAUGAACUUAAAGAGCGACCAGCAGACGUGGAAACAUCAGAUAGGAAUUAUUAUGCAAUUGCAGCUGUUCAGAAUGUAGUUGGAAUUGAUGAUCGUGCAAAACAAAUCACCGACUUACUGGAGAUGGAAGUCAGUGAUGAGGUGCGCAUUAUUGGAAUCUAUGGAACUGAUGGAAUUGGCAAGACGACUCUCGCUAAGGCUGUAUAUGAACAGAUCUCUUCUUGUUUCGACAGUUGUAGCUCUCUUGCAGAGGUUGAAGAAACCACACAAAGUUCUGGUGGAAUUCAGUUUUUGCAAAAUAAGUUGAUUUGUGAAAUCCUUGAACGAGAUCGUGAAGAUCUUUCUUUUGAUGUAACAAUAGAAGAUUUUGUGGAUAUAUUUCGUGAAAUGAAAGUUCUAAUAGUUGUCGAUGAUGUGGAAAAGCCAUUCGAUCUUCAUGCUAUUGUAGGAGACCAGCUUCAUUGGUUUGGUCCAGGCAGUCGAAUAAUCGUGACUUCCAAAAAUAGUGGAAUUCUCGAAGGGUAUGAUUCCGACAAGGCUCCUACAUACGUGGUUAGUGAGUUGGAUGAUGGUCAGGCUUUUGAACUUUUCUGCAAGCAUGCAUUCAGGAUGCAAUCUUCCAUACCUGAUUAUGAUGUACUCUCAUUCCGCAUUGUCAAUGCUACAGAGAAACUACCAUUAGCAGUUGAAUUUGUCGGUUCAUUUUUGCGGGGUAAAUCAAUACAAGAAUGGGAAAAGAUUGAGAAGUCAAUGAAAGCACGUCUGAUGAGUUCUCAAAAGACUACAGUUGGCCUUCAAGAGCUAUUGGAUAUAUGUUGCAAAGAACUAGAUCAUCGGCAAAAAGAUAUUUUGCUGGACAUAGCAUGUUUUGUCUCUGGUGUGGAUGCCCAAAUUGCUUCAUAUAUGUGGCCCAAUUGUUAUCCAUCCUCUGGUUGCAUUCUGAUGCCUCUGGCAAAAAUUGGAAAAAACAAUGAAUUGCAGAUGCACAGAUUGCUGAGACGCCAUGGCAAAAGAAUUUUUGAGCAAGAGGGAUCUGGAGAUCCAAUUGGGAGAAAAUUUUACAUACAGGAGAAGGGAAAGGAAAACGUUGAAGCUCUCCCCAUCGACUUCACAGCUGAAUAUUUUCAGGACAUGCCAGAACUAAGGUUUCUCAAGUUGGAUAAUGCCAAAUUUUGCGGAAACUUUGAAGGUGAAUUUGCUAGGUUAAGGUGGCUCUGUUGGCAAAGGUGUCUGGAUUUUAGUGCGAAAAAAUUUGUGUUAACAGAGUUGGUCAUUCUUGAUCUGUCUUGGAGCAAAGUCACAGAAGUCUGGGGAGGUUGGAGUGAAAUCAAGAUGGAGAAAUUGAAAGUCUUGAAUCUUACGGGGUGUCCUGACUUACUGUUCACUCCCAACUUGUCCGGUUACAAAGAUUUGGAAAUCCUAAUUCUUGAACGCUGUUCUCAUUUGGUGAAGCUACAUCCUUCAAUUGGAAGUUUGCAACGUUUAGUUUCCCUGAAUUUGAAGUUCUGCUCUCAAUUGAACGGGUUGCCAGUGGAACUAGGUCGUGCGACAGCUCUGAAAGAGCUUUUUAUUGACCGGACUUCUGUACGGGAGAUCCCCAUCUCCAUAGGCAAUUUGAAGCAACUCAAAAUUCUCAGUGGCUUCAAGUGCUUCCCAUUGACUCACCUGCCCAGGUCAAUUAGUUACCUGACUGCUCUCUCCGAGCUCUUAUUAGACGGUGCCAAAAUGAUUGAGCUCCCAAGCUCACUGGGGGAGCUACUUAAUCUAAGACGCUUGUCAUUGAGGGAUUGCCAUUGUUUGAAGAAACUUCCAGAUUCUAUCGGUAGAAUGUGGUCAUUAAAGGAGUUGGAUAUAUCGGGGACUAGUAUCUCUGGACUCCCCAAUUCAAUAAGGUAUCUGGAGAGCUUGACAGUGCUGAGAAUGGAUUCUUCCUUCGUUCGAGCAUUUCCUGAGGAGACUGGGAAUCUAACUGAGCUCGAAGAACUACAUGCUUCCUGGUGUCGGAGUUUGAAGGGGGGCAUUCCUGGUAAUAUCAAGGGACUACGUCAUCUGAGAUCAUUGAUGCUGGGGCAUUCCAGAAUAUCUAGCCUACCCCCUGAAAUCUCCACCAUCACUGGUCUUCACACCCUGGAUUUAAUUCAGUGCAAUGAAAUUGAAGAGUUGCCGAAGCUUCCCCCUUCUCUAAUUUGUCUGCGUGUGAGUUCUAAGAGGAUGAAAGCGAUACCCCUUCUUGAAGAUUUGAAGGAAUUGGACGAGCUGUGCCUAAGUGAUGGGGACCUGAAGGCAUGCCAACCUCCCUCAAAACAGCUGAUGCCAGAAUCCAAUGUGCAACAAAUGAUUGGCAAACCAUCCUUCUCAAUAUCGUUUCCUAAACUGACAAAACUAGAAUUGUCUCUUUCGCAAAUUAUCAAGCUGAAGUUUGAGCCGACAGUUAUUACUCAGCUCAAAAUGCUAGUCCUUUCUGGUUUGAGCCUUGAAGAAGUAUCCGAGCUUCCCAAGACGUUGUCAGUUUUAUCAAUUCAAGGUUGUUCAUCAUUGAAAAGAUUGCCGACUGUCCAGGGCUUAAACAACUUAUCAGUGUUCAAGCUCUACCAUUCUGCGAUAGAAGAGAUCGAAGGGCUUGAAGGUCUCAACGCCCUGAAGAGGUUAGAUAUAUCGAACUGCAAAAUACAGAAUCUCCAUGGGGUUGACUGGCUGACCUCACUGAGAAGUUUAAUUCUAUCUGACUGUGAUUACCUCGACAGUUUACCUGAUCUUUCAAACUUGACGUUGCUGAAACUUUUAGAGAUAAGACAAUGCACAAAGAUCCAUCAAAUUAAAGGCCUAGAAAAAUUAACAUCCUUGGAAAAGCUGAAUAUUAGUGGAUCUCUGGCUGAGAACUCAGUGCAAGUACAGAAUGUGUUGAGGCAUGUAAUGGCACGUUCUACAGACACGUGAUGCUGAAUUCUCCUCAGUUUCAACUGAUGUCUGUGCAUGGCAUCCGCCCUGUAAAGGGAAGACGGGUGCAGUCCGUGGAAAAACUUAAUGGAGAAACAGGAAUAAGCGAAGAAGGCAAGUUUAUUGGAGUCAAGUUCAUGCUUGACUCUAUUGAAGUCCCUUUAAAGACAAGUUGAGCCCACAUCAACCGCCGUGAACAAAAAGCAGCCGCUCCAGGUGAUCACACCGGUCUCUUUCAAAAGGAAAGUUGUGCACCAGUUGAUUUUCUCCUCAAAUUCCAGAUGGCAAAAUUUUUAAGGGCUCCAAGUAUAUGCAACUUUCUGGCAGAUUGGUCAGUUAGAAAACUGCAUCACUUUUAUGAUUGGUCACAGUAGAAAUGAAUUCCUGUCUUGAUUCAGCAUAAUUUGAGAGGCUACUGAGGUACCAAUAGAUUCUCAUUCUCAGUUAGCACGUGUCUCCUCACUUCUAGAUCAAGUUUAUGAAUUGCCCUGCCAAAAUCAAAGCGGUCAUAGGCUAUCUGAAGGAAAAGGAUGAGUAUUCGGACUUCAGUGACAUCGUUGAUUUUUCCAUUGCUUUUACGUUUCAUGCUAGUCAUCUUU